AUGGCCGAUACUCCAGGAAACGAUGGCCCACACGCAACUCUUAGCACCGAUGCCGGCGGCGGCGUUCUAGAACACCCUAAACCACUAACAAUCACAUAUCCUGGGAUGCAAAAGCAGAUUGAAAGGGUUUUUGACCGCCUUCAUAAAUCCGGACACUCCAUCAAUUCUAGCGAGCUCCGUACGUUUUUGGAGGGGCAAGGAGAAAGGUACACCGAUGACGAAGGUUUCAAAGCGUGGAUGAAACGUACUCUCAGUCCCACAGCUGUUGACAAGCUCCUGAACAACAAAGACGGUAUCGAUAAAGCUGAAUUUACCGCAUAUCUUGCGUCAGCCGCCAAUGGUUCAAUCAAGGCCAUUCCCGAGGAUGAGACUCGACCUUUAAACGAAUAUUAUAUCUCGUCGUCUCAUAACACAUACCUCGUGGGCCAUCAACUAUAUGGUGCCUCUACUGUUGACGGCUAUCGUAAUGUCUUGUUGCGUGGGUGUCGUUCGGUCGAAAUCGAUGUCUGGGACGGAGAAGAGGGAGAACCCGCAGUAUUCCACGGGUACACGUUAACCAAAGAGGUUCCUUUCCGAGACGUUUGUCGUGCGAUCAAAGAAAACGCGUUUGUCACGUCGGAGCUCCCUGUAAUUAUUAGUCUGGAGGUGCAUGCAAGUCAUGCUCAGCAAGAGAAGAUGGUCUCAAUCAUGAAGGAGGAGCUAGGAGAUUAUCUUGUCAGCGAACGUCUUUCUCAGCACCUUGAUGACAAGGCCCUCCCUUCUCCUCAUGCCCUUCGUCGUCGUCUACUUGUCAAACACUUCCCUAUCGCCACUGACCCCGUAAUAGCCCAGCCGACUCCAGAGGCCAAGCCCAACGAUCCUGACAAUGAUACAUCUGAUUCUUCGUCUGAUGAAGAGUUACGUGAAGCGGCGGCUGCGGCCUCUAAAACCAAGCCCAAGAAAAGCAAAGUCAUUCAAGCGCUGGCAGACCUGGGAGUGUACAUCUCAGGGCAUAGUUUCAAGGACUGGGAAGAUGCUAAACGCCUACCCUCCAACCAUAUCUUCUCAUUCUCUGAAAAGGCGUUUCUCAAGAUGAACAAAUCAAACCAUGAUGAGCUUUUUUCUCAUAAUGUUCAUUUCCUUAUGCGAGUGUAUCCCUUCGGCCUUCGAUUCGGGUCAUCUAAUGUUGAUCCGACGACCUUUUGGUCUCGUGGGGUCCAGCUGGUGGCUCUCAAUUGGCAGAAAAUUGAUCGUGGUAUGAUGUUGAAUGAAGCCAUGUUUGCCGGAACUGGAGGUUACGUUCUCAAACCCCCCGGUCGUCGAGACGUGAAUCUGACCGGUGUGCUCGCACGAGAGGAGAAACGCAGUGUAGUGCUGCGAGUUACAAUUCUCGCUGGACAAUCACUCCCUCUUCCCGAAGACGAAGCAGAGGAUGAGGCGGACAAACUCGAGAAAUUAAAGAAGAAGGAAGAAAAGAAGAAAAGAAAGGAGGCACAUUCGCGCAGUAAUAGUGGGGUCAAGGAUGGGGACGAAAAAAGCAUUAGCGCUAUUGAAGCAGGGCUCGCUGCGGCACAUGUAACGGCCACCGCACUAACCCCACCUGCGAAUCCGGAGUCUCGUGAAGCAGAAAGCAAGCGAGAUAAGAUCAAAGGAUUCUUUAGCCGUAUGAAACAUCGGGAUGGAGCAGAUGGAUUUGAGCCGUACAUUGAAAUUCAGUUGCUAGCAGACGGGCUAGAUGAAGAUGGAGUCAAGGGCAAAAACAAAGCCUUGCGAGGGGCUGACGUGGUAUGGGAGGGGCGAGGAUUACUCGGCUCGGACCCACCCGAGAUUGUACUGAAAGCAUCUAAUAUCGUCCCUGGCGCAUCAUUUGUCAGAUUUCUACUGAAAGACGAAGAAUUCGGAACAGAUGACUUGGCCGGAUGGGCUUGCGUUCGUCUAGAUAGGCUCCAGCCAGGCUAUCGUUUUAUACGAUUAUAUGAUUUACACGGCAGGCUGACUGAAAAUGGAUGCCUUUUCGUGAAGAUUCAGAAGGAGAUCACAGGUACUUGGGAGAUCAUUUAA